CUCUCUCUCUCAAAUUUGGAAGAUCCCACACUCUGUUCUCCUCGCCACCAUUUCUCCUCCCUCUGCCAUGCUUACACUGCUCAGCAGUCACUGAAUGGCAUGGCCUCCUCCUCCUCCUCCUCCUCUUCUUCUUCAUCCUCUUUGAAGCUUAUUAUCAUCUCAAUUCUUCUCCUCUCCUUCAUCCUCUUCCUUCUCCUCUUCCCCCCCAAACCCCUCUCCAACACCCCAUCCAAAUCCCGCCUCCUUCUCGAGUCGUCCUCGCCGCCGCCCCCAUGCUCCGCCGUCCGCCGCAUUCCCGCCGAUCGCCGCUGCGCUGCAGCCCUCGCACUUUGCCGAGGCGACUCCCACGGCCUCCUCAACUACGCCGCCGUCCACUUCUGCCUCCUCGCCGGAGACUCCCGCCUUUCCCUCCCGGCCCUCUCCCUCCUCCUGCUUCUCCACUUCUACUUCCUCGUAUCCGCCGCCCGCGACCACUUCUCCCCCGUCGUCACCCGCCUCGCCGCCCACCUCCGCCUUUCCCCCUCCAUGGCCGCCGUCACCCUCCUCGCCCUCGGCAACGGAUCCCCCGACGUCUUCGCCUCCGUCGCCGCCGUCCGCGGCGGCCACGCUCGCACCGGCCUCGGCGCCAUCCUCUCCGCCGGCGCCUUCGUCUCCGCCUUCGUCGUCGGCGCCGUCGCCGUCCUCGCCGGCCCCUUUCCACUCAACCCCGGCCCCUUUGUCCGCGACGUCUUCUUCUACCUCAUCGCCGCCUCUGCCCUCUUCUACGCCUACCUCAGCGCCGAGAUCUUCUUGUGGCAGGCUGUGGGCUUCAUCCUCUUCUACUUGUUCUUUGUCGGCUUCGUCUUCUGGAUGGAUUUGGUGGUGGAAGGGAGGAGAGGGAAGGAAGGGGGGAGAGCGAAGGAAGGGGAGGUGGAGAUGGGCUUGGUGGUCGACGAGGAGGAGGAGGAUCGGAACAAGCCUUCAAAACGUUUGGAUUGGGAGUCCGGGAAAGUCAUGGGAGAUUUGGAGGAUGCCAAAGCCAGAUCUGCAUGGAGCCUUUAUGGGAUGCUUGGAAAGAUUUUUCAAGUUUGGGAAGUUCCUGUUGCAACUCUUCUGAAGCUCACAAUCCCAUCAACUUCUCCUUCAGAAUGGAACAGAUUCUACAUAGCAGCUAAUAUUGGAUUGUGUCCCCUUAUUCUCCUGUAUUCGUUAAGUUCCUUCGUCACAUUAGACAGGCAAAUAGUUUUCCUUCUCCCUCAGACCCAUUUUCCUCUCUGGUCUGUUGUUCUGUUUGUAAGCCUCUGUCUUGCAGUAGUGCACUUCAUUUUUGAGAAGGAACCCCCAGAAAACGAACAGAUGGUAGCCACCUUAAUGGCCUUCAUGAUGAGUGUGUUUUGGAUCUCAACCAUGGCUGGUGAACUAUUGAACUGUCUUGCAGCAGUUGGAACUAUAAUGGAAUUACCACCUGCCAUCCUCGGGUUGACGGUCUUGGCAUGGGGUAAUUCAGUAGGAGAUCUUGUUGCUGAUGUGGCAUUGGCCAAGGCCGGCCAGCCUGCAAUGGCAAUGGCAGGCUGCUUUGCAGGCCCCAUGUUCAACAUGCUGGUUGGGUUGGGCACUGCACUGGUUAUAGAGACAGCAAGCACAUAUCCAGAGCCUUAUAAGCUACGGUUUCAUGUUAGCAUUGUGGUGGCCUUUGUGUUCCUUCUCCUGAGCUUGAUGGGUUCUCUUCUGGUAGUGACUUGGUACAGGUUUCGGGUGCCUAGGUUCUGGGGCUUCUGCCUUGUUGGGCUAUACCUUCUUUUCACUGCUGUCAGCUUAGCAAUUGCAAGGUUUUCUUGAUGAGAAAAAAAUGCUCAUAAGGUGGGAUCUGUAGGAGCCCUAAACUAUGGAGCAGAUCAAGUAUUGUGAAGAUGGAUGCUGUUGAUUGUGGUCACACAAGCUGUAUUAAUGUUUUUCUUUCAAUCGCCGAAGAUUAGAUUUCAUUAUACUGGAUUGUGAUGUGUGAUUCACCCCACAAGCUACAGAUACUUGGUUUGGUGUGGUUGUGUGGCAAACACCACUUAGAUUCUUUUGAUAUAAAUGAUUUGCUGGCAAGCUCCGCACCCAGGAUAACAUAACAAACAUCAAGGAAUUCAUUUUACAUCUCAAAGAUGUAAUUUGAGUAUGUGACACAAUUUAAUAUGUAAUUCAUUUCCUUAUAGCUAAUGGAUGUUUUUAUUUUGUUCUUU